AUGGAGCAAAAAACAAAAGGUAUAUUUACUUCAACUCCAUGUAUCAAUUGGAAAAAGGCACUAGGUGAUAAUGGAAAAUUAAUGAAACAUUUUCGAUCACCAUAUCAUUUAAUGGCAAUUGACAAUGAGAUAUUUCGACAACAAGAAGGUUCCGUUCUUAGUCAAAUAGUUACGGUAAGCGAAGCACUAAAGAAAGAUAACAGAAGCCGUUUAAGUGAUUUACUUGAUUGAUGUUAUUUUCUUUUUAAAAACGAAUUGCCUCAUACAACUCUGUACGAUCCAUUAAUACAAUUGGUUGGUCGGCUUGAUCAUAGUUCUAAACUCGCCGAUUUUUUUCAAAAUUGCAAGAAAAAUUCCGCUUACAAUAGUACAACAUUGGUAACUGAAUUUCUUGAAUCUAUCAAUGAAAUUUUAGAAAAGCCCAUUCUUAAUUAAAUACAACAGUCGAGAUUCAUUAGC